UUAGCCGCCCCCCCCCCCCCCCCAACAGAACACACUGUCCCCGGAUUCGAAAUGGGCCGCCUUCUCCGACCAUUCGCUUUACUUCUCUGCUUCUUCUUCUUCUUCAGCUCCGUCCUCGGUCACAUCGGCGAUCAGCCACUCUCCAAGAUCGCCAUCCACAGGGCCACCAUUGCUCUUCAUCCUUCUGCUUCCAUUAGUGCCUCCCCUGCUCUUCUUGGCCUAAAGGGUGAGGAUACUCAGUGGGUAACUGUGGAACUCCAGCAUCAUAAUCCGUCUUCUGAUGACUGGGUUGGCGUCUUCUCUCCUGCAAAGUUCAACGGAUCGACUUGUCCUCCGGAAAAUAAAAGAGAUGAGGCUCCGUAUAUAUGCUCAGCUCCGAUAAAGUACAAGUAUGCAAAUCACUCCACUUCAAACUACAACAAUACGGGCAAGGCUUCUUUGGAGUUCCAGCUUAUCAAUCAGCGGGCAGAUUUCUCCUUUGCCCUAUUUUCUGGCGGAUUGUCAAAUCCAAAACUGGUGGCACUUUCAAAUUCCAUAACAUACGCCAACCCCAAGGCCCCCCUUUAUCCCCGGCUUGCUCAAGGGAAGGCUUGGGAUGAAAUGACAGUUACAUGGACUAGUGGUUAUGACAUCAACGAAGCUGUUCCCCUAGUCCAAUGGGGUCUCAAAGGAGACGCUCAGAAAAAAUCUUCAGCUGGAACAUUGACAUUUAAUCGGAACAGCAUGUGUGGUUCCCCUGCUCGGGAUUUUGGAUGGAGGGAUCCUGGUUUCAUCCACACGAGUUUUUUGAAAGAUUUAUGGCCGAAUGCCAUAUAUACAUACCGAAUGGGUCAUCUCUUAGCCAAUGGGACCUAUAUAUGGAGCAAGAGCUAUUCUUUCAAGUCAUCACCAUAUCCUGGGCAAAAUUCACUUCAGCGCAUUAUAAUAUUUGGUGAUAUGGGGAAGGCUGAGAGAGAUGGUUCUAAUGAGUACAACAAUUAUCAGCCUGGUUCACUAAAUACUACUGAUCAGCUAAUCAAGGACUUGAACAACAUCGAUAUAGUAUUCCACAUUGGAGAUAUCUCGUACGCGAAUGGGUAUAUCUCGCAGUGGGACCAGUUCACAGCCCAGGUGGAGCCCAUUGCAUCUAAGGUGCCCUAUAUGCUUGGAAGUGGCAAUCAUGAACGUGAUUGGCCCGGCACGGGCUCUUUCUACGAGAAUAUGGAUUCUGGUGGGGAGUGUGGUGUGCUUGCUGAGACCAUGUUCUAUGUCCCUGCCGAGAACAGAGCAAAGUUCUGGUACUCAACGGACUAUGGAAUGUUCCACUUCUGCAUAGCCGAUACAGAACAUGAUUGGAGGGAAGGCUCUGAGCAGUACCGGUUCAUUGAGAAUUGUCUUGCAUCUGCGGACAGGCAGAAACAGCCUUGGCUCGUAUUUGCCGCCCAUAGGGUGCUUGGGUAUUCCUCAAACCGUUGGUAUGGUCUUGAGGGAUCUUUCGAAGAGCCCAUGGGAAGGGAAAGCAUGCAGAGGCUGUGGCAGAAGUAUAGAGUAGACAUUGCCUUCUACGGCCAUGUACACAACUAUGAAAGGACAUGCCCUAUUUAUCAGAACCAAUGUGUAAAUCAAGAGAAGAACCAUUACUCGGGCACAGUGAACGGGACGAUUCACGUUGUUGCUGGUGGGGGAGGAAGCCAAUUAUCGGAGUUCAGCUCAUUGACCCCGAGCUGGAGUCUCUAUCGGGACUAUGACUACGGGUUCGUGAAGCUGACCGCAUUCAAUCAUUCAUCUCUUCUCUUUGAGUAUAAGAAGAGCAGCAAUGGGAAGGUGUAUGAUUCCUUCACUAUCUCGCGAGACUACAGAGAUGUCCUUACUUGCGUGCCAGACAGUUGCCCACGUACGACUUUGGCUUCGUGAUGGAGGUUCUCCCAAAGGCAGAUAAAUUUGCAGAACAUUCAUUCGCUUCUCUUGACAAAAUAAUCGAAAAACAAUAAAAGAUGCUAUGUAUAGUUCAGUUUUAGGAAUUAUGAUGCGUAACGUCUUGUUUUUGAGUUU